AACCACCUCCGUAGCUUGCUAGACAACAUAGCCGAUAGAUUCAAGCUAUUUCUACGCUUUCGAAGUAUAUUAGCUACUGUGUUUUAGACACCGUUCUGUCGUAUCUACUUGUUAACCUAUUUAAUUUAAUAUUUCGUUAUUCUUUAUUCGUCAGCAAUAGUAGCUGGCUGGUUACGUCAGCACUAGCCUAGUCGCUAAUUAUAGCUAGCUAGUUAACAUCCCCGACCAUGAGCUCCCUAAACUACUUUCAUCCUGUUAAAGAAGAGAUCUGCUGGACGGAGAAAGAAGCUCUGGGGCUGAACCUUGUCGUGAAAGAGGAGAAGGAAGAGGAGGAUGUUACAGUUAAACAAGAAGUAGAGGGUGGGGCUGUUAAAGUGAAAGAAGAAGAGGAAGACGUUUCAGUGAAAGAAGAGGAAGACGAGUUCAGAGUGAAAGAGGAGGAAGAGAAAGAUGAUGAUGCAGUUUUUGGAGUGAAGAAGGAAGGGGAGAUUACUGUCACAUUGAAAGAUGAGGUGGAGAUAGGAGAUCUGAUUAACACCAGAGAGAAAACAGAGUCUCACUCUGACAGCAGGAAGAGUCCUUCAGGGGAACCAGACCCAGAGACGCCCAAACCAGCCAGACAACACCACUGCUCCCACUGUGAAAAGAGUUUUUGCUGGUUAGGGAACCUAAAACUGCAUGAGAGGACACACACAGGAGAAAAGCCUUUCCAAUGCUCCCAGUGUGGAAAGAGUUUUGCUGUGUUAGCUAACCUGAAAAGACACGAGAGAAUACACACAGGAGAAAAGCCUUAUCAUUGUGCCCAAUGUGGAAUGAGUUUUAAUCAGGAUGGGGACCUAAAAGCUCAUAAGAGGAAACACACAGGAGAAAAGCCUUUCCAAUGUUCCCAGUGUGGAAAGAGUUUUACUAAGAUAGGGCAAUUAAAAGAACAUGAGAGAAUACAUAAAGGAGAAAAGCCAUUCCAAUGUUCCCAUUGUGGAAAGAGUUUUACUCGGAUAGGAAACCUAAAAAAGCAUGCGAGACUACACACAGGAGAAAAGCCUUACCAAUGCUCCCAGUGUGGAAAGAGUUUUGCCGUGUUAGCUAACCUGAAAAGGCAUGAGAGAAUACACACAGGAGAAAAGCCUCAUCACUGUUCCCACUGUGGAAUGAGUUUUACUCAGUUAUGGGACCUUCAAGCUCAUGAGAGGAUACACACAGGAGAAAAGCCUUUCCAAUGUUCCCAGUGUGGAAAGAGUUUUACUCAGAUAGGGCACCUGAAAGCUCAUGAGAGGAUACACACAGGAGAAAAGCCUUACCAAUGUUCCCAGUGUGAAAAGAGUUUUACCAUGUUAACUAACCUGAAAAGGCAUGAGAGAAUACAUAGAGGAGAAAAGCAGUUUCUACUCCCAGUGUAAAAAUAGAUUCUCUCGAAUGGCAGAACUUAAAGCUCAUGAGAGGAUACAGAAGAGAAAACCCUUUCCAAUGCUCCCAGUCUGGAUAGAGUUUUACCUGGUCAAGUAGCCUGAAGGAGUAUAAGAGGAUAAACACAGUAAAAGUCCUACCACUGCUGUCUGUGUGGAAGAACAUUCAGAGUACCUGAAAUCAAAUGAGAGAAUAGAAAGAGUGUAUUCUGACUUAUAUUUUUGACUGAAAAUUUGUGUUUUUGUUUAGGCCACAUGAAAUCAUAUUGUGUAUGGUUACACCUGUCUAUAUAAGGUCCCACAGGUAACAGUGGAUGUCAGAGCAAAAACCAAGCCAUGAGGUCAAAUAAAUUAUCCAUUGAGCUCUGAGACAGGAUUGCGUCAAGGCACAGAUCUGGGGAAG